AACUUUACACAGCAGCUGAUUCGCAUGGUGGUUAAAUAUCUCUGGGGUUUGGCUGGCCUUUUCUGUGCUUGUUUUUGGAGGGUUUUAUUUUAUUUAUUAACUUUUAUUUAACCGGAAAGUGCCAUUGAGGUCAGAAUACCUUUUUCCCGAGGGAGACCUGGAAGUUUUCUGGGUAUAUUUAUAUUUUUUGGAGCAUAGAAAAUAAAAAAAAUGGAUAGGAAACUGAAUCUUAACCGAGCCGAGACUUUUUCCUUCAUCAACCCUUGGAUUAGGUACUUCCUGUUCUUCUUCAGCUUCUUGUUCUGGGUCUUCUCCUUGCUGAUUGUUGCUAUAGGGGUAUAUGCAAAAGCUCAAAAAGCAACAGACACUGUCAGAGACACGUUCCUGAUUGACCCUGCGAUCAUUCUGAUCGUGGUGGGCGUGGUCAUGUUCUUCAUCACCUUCUGUGGCUGCAUCGGAGCCCUGCGAGAAAACAUUCACCUUCUGAAGACGUUCUCCUUCAGUCUGACACUGGUCUUCCUCACUCAGCUGGCCAUAGCUGUCCUGGGCUUCUUCUAUUCAGACCAGACACGAGACGCUCUGGGAAAGUUCGUGAAUAAAGCCAUUGUGCACUACAGGGAUGACCUGGAUCUGCAGAACCUCAUGGACUACAUUCAGAGAGAGUUCAAGUGCUGUGGCUGGAACAACUACACUGACUGGUCAUGGAACUUGUACUUCAACUGCACCCAGGGGAACCCCAGCUCUGAGCGCUGUGCUGUGCCUUACUCCUGCUGCACCCCCGUACCAGGAGAGGUUGUGAUCAACACCAUGUGUGGCUUUGGGGUCCAGACUCAGAACUACCUGGAUGCCACCAAGUCCAUCUAUCCAGUUGGUUGUGCAGACAGGGCGGUUCUGUGGAUUGAGUCCCACCUUCUGUUGGUGGGGGCUCUAGCUCUGGGUCUCUCCCUGCCUCAGAUUGCAGGCAUUGUGCUCUCCCAGAUCCUCAUCUCUCAAAUCCAGGAUGAGAUCAACUCAAUGUUGUGAGAAGAGGAUGGCCCGAUCAACACAGAGAAAAGAACAGAAGAACUAGGAGAGAAUAACUACUGGCUACUGGAGGAGAGUCACUCUACAGUUCCACUACACAGCCUUCAGAGCAACUGUUUUAGUGGUGUACUGUAUAGACCGUAUGGAAGUGUGUUUCAGCUUACUGUAUGCUGGACUUACAUGACUAAAGGCUGACAUUGGAAGUGUUUAUUUAUUACCUUACUA